UGGCGUCUUUCCCCCAGGACCCCCCCUGCACCCUUCUGUCUGUCUCUCUCUCUGCGGUCUCCUCUUCUCCAGCAGUCACCAUUUCGGCUCCCGGCAGACCCACACUGGCUGCCCAGCCACUCCCGCGCCUCAGCCUGGGCAGGAAGACCCUGGUGGCGGCCGCCGUAGGGGUCAUGCUGGUGCUGGUGCUGGUGGUGCUCAUCCCCGUUCUGGUCAGCUCCGUGAGCAAUGACAACAGCCACUACGAGAUGCUGGGCACCUGUCGAAUGGUGUGCGACCCGUACCAGAACAAGGGCACCAGCACAGGCAUCGCCAGCACCGGCUCUUCUGUGCAGGCCGAGGCCGAGGCUCUGGCCGACCACAGCAACAUACCUCCACCCUCCACGCUCCUCCAGGGGCCACAGGGAAAGCCGGGACGGCCAGGCAAACCCGGACCUCCGGGGUCACCAGGGGAGCCAGGGCUCCCGGGUCCGGUGGGGCCCCCGGGGGACCGGGGCGACAGGGGCCGAAGCGGGGUUCUGAAUAUGGGCAAUGAUGGAGCUAUCAGCACAGUUACAUACAACACGCACCCAUGGGUGGCUUUCUACGCAGGACUGAAGAACCCGCACGAGGGCUAUGAGAUCCUCAAGUUCGACGAUGUGGUCACCAACCUCGGCAAGAACUAUGAUGGCACUUUGGGCAAGUUCAUCUGCAGCGUGCCGGGCACGUAUUUCUUCAUCUACCAUGUCUUGAUGAGAGGAGGUGAUGGAACCAGCAUGUGGGCUGACCUGUGCAAGAACGGACAGGUGCGAGCCAGCGCGAUCGCGCAAGAUGCUGAUCAAAACUAUGACUACGCCUCAAACAGUGUGAUUCUGCAUCUAGACGCUGGCGAUGAAGUCUACAUCAAGCUAGAUGGUGGCAAAGCCCACGGGGGCAACAACAACAAAUAUAGCACCUUCUCUGGCUUCAUUCUUUACGCCGACUGAAUAUGUGAGCACAGAGGACAAGCAGUUGGAAAGAAAGAAAUAUAGCAAAAGGAAAAAGGAAGUGAAGGAAGGAGCAUUUAUCAUCCCAAGCGCUUUAUUUUACCAGGAUCUCUCCAUUGCUUCAGCACACAUUUUUACAGAAAGAGACUCAGUGGAACGAAAGUUCAGUAGCUUCUCUUCAAAUCACCUUAUUGAUUGAUAAAAGACAAGAUAAUAAAGUGAUAAAAGUGACGUUUUUCUCUUUCAGCGCUGAAAGGGCAUUUUUGUCUUUCUUGUUUUAAGACGCAAAGAGUGACUGGCAGAGAUCUUUAACCUCAUCCUCAUGUGCUUUUCUUCAGUAAAACUCUUUUUGCCCACAGAUAUCUAAUGUUAAAAAUAUCCCUGACAACCUGUGGAAAAAAGAAUGUUACUUUUGAAGGAUAUGCGGAUCUGAUGACAACUGUAUUCAUAUAAUUCUAACGCUUGUGUCCGAUUUCUCCUUACCUCUACAUUGGACACAGCACCCCCUGUUGGCUGUUGUUGGUAACUGGUUUCCAUCUGCAUUCUUUUCGUAUGUGUUGUACUCUGUUGGGACUGCAGUAGCUGAUGAGCGUUGUGAAUGAAUGUUAUUCCUUAAAGCACUUGAUACUCAAUUUAGGCAAUUGAUACUCUGCUACUCCCGCUUCCCAUGACUCCUUUCCUCACCGGUCAAUUAGCACUCGACCCUAAUCUACCUCCUCUCAGUCACCUCCUGCCCCUCCAGAAACAGCAGAUGACUUAUAAGUCUCAACUCUUUUUUUAUGAACAAGAUGGCUUAAAGAAUGUUUAUGUAUGUUUUACUAUUACUUACUAUUAGAAUAUUUUUCUGAAGCUACAUUUUAAAAAUA